AUGGCGAGAGUCCAUUCCAACGAAGAUGGACUUCGAUCUAAGUCAGAGCAGCAGCUUAGCAGAGACGAUACCAUUUCGAGCAACGUGGAACAAAAUGCAAUAGCCGUGAAGCAGUCAGAAGCAACCGAUCGUCGACAUGAUCCCAUAACCAGCCAAGAAGCAUCGAGUCUCUCAAUGGUUGUGGAAUUUGAUGGACCAUCUGACCCUACCCAUCCCCAAAACUGGUCUAUGAAGAGAAAGUGGGGGAUAGUAUUGAUCAUCGCGUCUACUACAUUCAUCACUACCUUUGGAAGCGGCAUCUUUUCUCCCGCCAUCUCAACGAUAUCAAAAAAGUACCAUAUCGCACCAGAAGUUGCUACAUUGGGAGUAACACUAUAUGUGCUAGGAUUCUCAGCAGGGCCAUUACUAUGGGGACCGCUUUCUGAGAUCAGGGGAAGACGACUACCCCUUGUUAUCGCCGCAUUUGGAACAGCAAUUUUCCAAUUUGCUGUGGCAGUUUCCAAGGACGUUCAAAGCAUCAUGAUCAACCGAUUCUUUGCAGGAUUUUUUGGGACCGCUCCGCUUGCCGUGGGUGGCGGCGUGUUUGUCGAUUUGUUCGAUAACAAGACGCGCGGUAUUGCGGUGACAUGGUUCACCAUUUGCGUUUUCAUUGGUCCAAUGUGCGCACUCUUCAUCGGCGGCUUCAUUGUGACAAGCCGACUUGGCUGGCGAUGGACGCAAUAUCUUACAGGAAUCCUGGCUUCCGCCGCUGCAGUGCUAAACUUGAUCUUUGUACAAGAAACCAACGCUCCGUUUAUCUUGGCUAAGAAGGCAGCCAAGCUGCGAAGGGCAACGAAGAACUAUGCAAUUCAUGCUAAGCAAGAGGAAAAUGAAAUCAAUCUUGAUGAGAUGGUCGAACGCUAUCUCUACUCUGCAUUCAUAUAUGGCCUUUUGUAUCUCUUUCUCACCGCAUAUCCCCAAAUCUUCCAGGGAGUCUACGGUAUGAAGCCCGGCGUUAGCGGACUUCCAGAGCUGGGUGCCGUCCUUGGCUGCAUUGUAACGGGUAUCAUCAUGACGCUACGUGCGCCAAGCUACAAACGCAAGCUUGUGGCCAACAAUAAUAUGCCUGUGCCUGAGUGGCGGAUGCCCGAGGCCAUGGCUGGAGCUGUGCUUUUCGCCGGCGGCAUGUUUUGGCUUGGAUGGUCAGGAUACCGAAAAGAGGUCCACUGGAUCGUGCCCACCAUCGGCGGCUUCGUGACCGGUCUUGGCAUAUCAAUGGUCUUUUUGCAGGCGUUUAAUUAUAUCAUUGACGCCUACUUGAUGUUUGCGGCCUCAGCACUAGCAGCCAAUACGUUCUUGCGGUCGGCGUUUGGAGCCAUUUUCCCUCUAUUCGCAACCUACAUGUUCAAGGGCAUGGGCAUCCAGUGGGAAAUGACACUGCUGGGCUGUGUUGCUGCUGUGCUUGCGCCUGUGCCCGUUCUUUUCUACUUCAAGGGCGCCCAGAUCCGGAAGAACAGCAAAUACACGCCCAAAUUCCCUCCCCCAGCACCUGUGGCCAAGGUGGAGAAAGAAGAGGUUUAG